AUCAAGUAACAAAACUCAAGAAAAGAUGUGGCAACGUUACUCUGCCUUGAUGGCAGACACGGAGGUCAACACCGAGACACAGAGAUCAGUUGAACAUGAGGUAAUGCAGUAUUUUUUGGAACCCUUGGAGCCACACAACUGCAACGUCUGGAAUUUUUGGAAGGUGAAGCGGUUGUCCGUUCCAAGGCUUGGGAACGUUGCCAACAAAUUUUUGUCAGCUCCACCAGCUACAGUAUUCUCUGAAAGACUCUUUUCGACAUCUGGCAUAAUUUGUGACAAGAAGCGAAACCGUUUGGAUCCUCAUCGUGUCCAAAUGAUCAUUAUGCUGGAAGUGAAAAACAUCCUUCUAGACUUUAUAUCAAGAAAAAAUGAUAUGCCCCAGAAGCUAUCCUUUGUUAACAAACUAUAAAAGAAAUAUUAUUGAUAAUUUAUACAAUUAUUUUAAUAUUUUAAAUGUAGGUACCUCAUCUUGUGUAUUCAUUUUUAAUUAAAGUUUUGUUUUUUACCUUUGACCACUAUACUAUAAUAAUUAUAUUGUUACAAGUAAUGUUUAAAACUGAGAUGAAUAAAGUUUGUAUCAUGUA